AUGAACAAAGUAAGACCCAACGAAGUAAGAACUAACAAAGCAAAACCUGAUGAAGUUAGACUAACAAAAGCAAGAACUGACAAAAGAAAAGAAGAAGGAAGUCCUAAUGAAGCCAAACCUGAUGAAGCAAGAUCCAAUAAAGUAAAGCCUGAAGAAGACCUAGUGAA